CCUAUGACUUUCUGCAGCCAUCUUUCUCCCUGCAAAGCAGAGGCAGGCAGCAGUGCAAGAGGGAGCAGGGCAGAGAGAGGGAGUCGCUGCCUCUCACUGGAGCCUGGAUGUCCACUGCUCUGAGGAGACCCCAGCCUGCGGACUAACAGACACAGACAGCAGCUGCCACCGGCCAUGGACGAAGGGAUCCACACUUUGCAGGAGAGGCAGUUACUGGAGCACAGGGAUUUUCUAGGAAUGGAUUACCCCUCCUUAUACCUGUGCAAGCCCAAGAGGGGUUUCAAGAGAGAUGACAGCAAGGAGACCUACAAACUGCCUCACCGCCUGAUCGAGAAGAAGAGGAGAGACCGGAUAAAUGAGUGCAUCGCCCAGCUCAAAGACCUGCUGCCGGAGCAUCUCAAACUCACGACGCUGGGGCACUUGGAGAAAGCCGUCGUGCUGGAGUUAACUUUGAAACACUUGAAAGGUUUAACGUCUCUGACGGAGCAACAGCACCAGAAGAUCAUGUCGUUGCAGAACGGGGAGCGCUCCAUGAAAUCGCCCAUCCAGUCGGACCUGGAUGCUUUCCACUCCGGGUUCCAGACGUGUGCCAAAGAAGUCCUGCAGUACCUGUCCCGGUUUGAGAGCUGGACAUCCCGGGACCAAAGGUGCACCCAGCUCCUCAAUCACCUGCACACGGUUUCCAGCCAGAUCCCACCAAGCUCUCAGCUUCUGUUACAGCAGGUCCCUGGUGGCAAGUCAUCUUCUCAGUCUCCAAGUCGGGGAGUGCAGAAGGUGGAGAACCAAACGAACUGCGUGCCCGUCAUCCAGAGGACGCAAAACCUGGAACUAAGUGAGAAUGACACCGACACCGACAGUGGUUAUGGCGGUGAGGGAGAAAAGACAGAGACCACGGUACAGGGUCACAGUAAUGGUGGCGCCAAGGGCCAAGGGGCCAACAGUGUGAUGGUCAAGCAGGAACCGCUGGAGGAACCGUCACCAAAAAGGUUUAAGCCGGACAGUUCGGGAGUGGUGAGCCCUGCCGGUGGUGCUGAGCCGGUCGCCCGGCCUGAUGCCAAUCUACUUAACACUUUGAUGGGCUUUGGAAGUUCUGCUUUCAGCCAACAAGCACCUUUCUGUUUCCCGUUCUACUUCAUAUCCCCCUCGGCGGCAGCCGCUGCCGCAGCUUAUAUGCCUUUCUUAGACAAGGGUGGUUUGGAAAAGUACCUGUACCCGUCAGCAGCAUCUGCCCCCAUUCCAUUUAUCUACCCGGGGUUACCUGCUCAGGCAGCAAGCACGUUCUCCUGCCUCUCCUCCAUGUUGUCCCCCGAGAAGAUGGCUAGUUGCUCCUCUGCCCUGCUCCCUGAGCUCUCCUCAUCACCCUUCCAGGCUGGUCCACCCACGUUGACCUCUCUGGACCGGAGUCUGGAUGAGGACCUGCGGCAGCCUUUACAAGACCUCCUGCAGCCUCCCAAGGAAAACUGAUUCUACAGACAUAUAUAGAUCUUUAUGGAGCCUCUCAAUUUUGUAGCAAGUCUUGAAGUAUAUUACUGGAUCAACAUUAGGGUUGUAUAUUGAUGGGACAAUUUAUGGUGGCUUUUAUUUAACUCACAAAGUGCUGGAUGAGCCGAUUGGGUAUUCCACGUUUAAGGAAUAAAAAAAAAACCAUGAAUAUACUUUAGUAUUUUUUUUUUUUAAACUUAAGAGAAUUCCCGGCUGGUUAAAAAAGAAAACUCCUAAAAAUAUCAAUUAAAAAAAGUAGUGAAUGUUGGCCUUCAAGUCAGCGACUUAAUGAUUCACUGUUAUAUAAUGGGAGACGGUUCGGACCUGCAGGACAGGCUGGUGCACACUAAAGUUAUUAUACUGCGGGACUGGAGUAUGAUAAGGAGUAUACUGCUGGUGCUUUAGUACAUACGCACAAUACAUGACCAGUUGUGACCCCCAGAUCUUUAAUUGAGUUCCCUGGUGCCCGGUUGAGGAUACAAGCUUAACAGGCUCCUUCUAUGUUAAAUUAUAUCUUUAAUAUUAUAAAAACACGCCAUCCAGGUAUCAGUACAGGGUACCUGACUUUUCCAUAGAAAUCACUCUAUUAAAUAGUUCCCUGGUUAAUAUAGUUACUUAUUGUAAUGCACCUAGUAGUGCCAUGACGUAAGGACUGUAGGCAAGAAAGGAACAAAAGACGGUUACUAAUCAGUAUUCCUGGUUACUAGAAUCGCAACCGGAGGACUUCAGACGGAACUCCCCCCCCCAAACUUACAGUAGGCAACCAAAGCAAUCUGUGCAUAGCUAUAAUUAUUUCAGUAGAUGCUGUGCCGUAACCUGUUAUAUAAGAGGGGUGUAAUUAUACCUUGUUUGGCAGCAAGAAUGUUGUGUUGUCAGCUUUUGGUUCACCGAAAUUAGUUCAGUCAACAAAUUAUGUAACGUCCCUCAUAUACGGACGUCUAAUUGGGCAAAACCACGCCCCUCGCCCCACAUGUCAUAGACAAGGCAGAUAAGUUGUUAUUCCCAGUGCACCGUGCAGAUAUUAUUGCAUGACCCAAUCACAACCAUCACUAUGUAAUGUUAAUGUUGGUCCUGUAUUUAAUUGUAUUUAACAAUGAUUUUUUUUUCUUCUGUUUUGCUGUACAAAAAAAAGCCUAAUUUGUUACAAGAUACAAAAUCCCUGCAAUUUAGGACACAAAGAAGAUCUGCCGAUAAGAUUUUAUAAACUUUUUUUUUUUUUGCUGGAGUGAAUUAAAAAAACAACAACAAAAAAAAUAGUAAAAUGAGACAAAAAAUAAUAAUAUCUUUAAGCGCUGUAUUUUGGUACGGUUAUAUGUUGGCUAUACAGGUAAGAAGAAAAUGUAGACUACGAACUCUAGUUUCUAGUUGCACUUUAAUUUUACCGGUUCCUCGUUGGUUUUCACUUUGUAAAAACUUUGCACUUGUUUCGAUAUAAGAUUCUUCUAAAUACUUGAAAGUGGAGUUCGGUUUGAAAAGUAUCCAUGUGAUUGUGUAAUCCAAGGCUAGCACUUUACGGGUUGACUGGCAGCGAAUGGGUUAUGUUAGUAUAAUCUUGUCUUCUUUAAUUUAACUUUUAAGACUAACCGGUAGAGAAAAGUGCGGAAAAUCCCGUCACCAAGCCUCCUAUUUUAUAUUUGUUAAAAACAAAAAUUGUGCACUGAACUAAUUUAUUUUGCAGUGUUUUUUUUUCCUUUCAUGAGUUGAUAAACUGGAAUACGGACCUUCUAUGGUCUUGUCUAUUAACUUUUUGGGUUCUGGAGGUAAAUGGGGAGAUGUAGCAGAGCUUGGCAAGAGAUAAAGUAGAGCGAGAAAAAGUACCAGCCAAUCAGCUCUUGUCAUUUUUCAAACAUAGCCUGUAACAUGGAAGUUAGGAGCUGAUUGGUUGGUACUUAUCUCUCUUCAUUUUGUCAUUCUCCAACUUUGACUCUCACCUCUCUGGGAGAGAUAAAGUGGAGAAGUUGGCCAAAUCAACCAAUCAGCUGCUGCCAUUUGUCUAGCACGGUCUAUGAAAUGGCAGCUAAAUGCCGAUUGGUUCCUUUGGGAAACGACUUCAUUUUAUCUCUUUCCAAAACUUGACACAUCUCCUCGAUAUAGUGAGGGGUAAGUGAGCAGAAUUCUGACAGCAGAUAUAUUACUGGAUGGCAAUGGCAUCCCCUCCCCUCCCAAACAGUGUCCCUCUUCCCUCCCCAGUGUCCUCCCCCCGUGCAUUGUCUAUACACAACUGGUGCUAGGACCUGGUCACGAGACUCCUCCUCUUACACUAGUUUUGGAUGUACAUAGAACUCAUGUUUUUAGGAUUAUGGUGAAUGCCAACCCCAACACCAAUAGCGCGGUCUUUUAAAUUGCCAGUGGUAAUAGGUGGAAGGCGCCAGUGAGGUCACUUGCUACUUACGUGAGUAAACACCUUCUAAUGACCCAAAUUAUCACUAUUCCACCAAAAGCUGGCACUUGGAGAGAACGUACUUUGGUUGCUAUUCCGAGAGAUGUAUCUGUUCCGCUAAAUGUGAACAAGAAGUUCCUUAAAGUUCCCGAAUGUACAUGUACAGUCUUGUAAAACGUUGUCACGUUGUGUGUCCCGUAGGGAAGCAGACUUAGGGGUAUAUUUACUAAAGGUCGAUUUUCAUUGAUUUAAAAUCGAUGAAAAUGGGUCCAAAUCGAUGAUGUGUUUACUAACUCUUAAAAAUGAAUAUAUAAAAUCGUCUGUUAGGAAAUGUGCGCUUUAGCCCCUGAAACACAACAUCCAUUUAGAGCGAUGACCUUUAGUAAAUGUACCGCUUAGUCCCUUGCAAAGUAUUAUGUCCUAUAACCAUGUGCUUCUCCCAUUUAUUGCAGGAGGCAUCCAUAUGCCCUAAGAUACUGUUAAAUCCUCUACGUUUUGUCACUGUAAGCCGAGUUUUCCAUAUACAUUACCAGAGGUCAUCCUAUCCCUUUUCACACUCAGUCAACUCAUUCCUCUAGAACAGGAUUGGGCGUCGGCAGGGCUGAAGCCCCAGAGUGACCGUCUCCUUAAAUUUGCAGCUGUAUUGUCUGUGUCUCGGUGCCAACGGGCACCGAUUGCCUUAAUAUCGGCAAACUUCUUGCGUCCUCCCAAGGCUGGGACGAGGCAAGCUGCGGGCCCUCAAGCUGUUGCGGCACUACAAGUCCCAGCAUACUCAUUAUUCCACUGCAGCUGGAGAACAUCAAGCUGCCUUAUCUCUUCUCUAAAUAAUGCUCACCCGCCCCACUGGCGAUUUCCCCCCACCCCCGCCUCACUUGUCAGCUUCGGUUCUCCACCGCCCUGUUGUGUUUUUGUUUUUUUAAUGUAGAUAUUUUUUUAUUUUUAAGGAAGUAUAAACGUGUUUCUGCCGCACUUCAGAAUUUCCCUCCCAGUGAUAUCCUGUCCUGGAGACCGACUACCAGACAACCAGAUAAUAAUAAUAAUAGGGGAAGCGUUUUAAUAAGACGUAAAAGAAAAACCCUGUCUAGAUAUUUAUAGUUUGUUACCAAGGCAGCACCGUGAGACUUCGCACUUGAAUGUUAUGUAAGGGGUGAGAUGCGACGGAGGGUGAAGGAAUAUAAUCCAUGACUUUAUUAUUUUACUGUUAUUAUUUUUGUAAUUCAGCUGCUGUUUGCCUGGAACGCUGUGUUUAAACAACGUUCCAAACCUUACCAGCCAACACUUGGGCGGUUUUUGUACAUAGAUGUUAAAUACAUCCAAACGAAUGAUGUCUGACGAGUUAUUUUUGUAAAGGGGUUAAAAAGAAACAAAACUAGAAAACCCCCCCCAAAAAUUGUCUUUUUUUUUUUUUCUUUGGCGUUUAUAUAAUGCUGUUCGGAAGGACUUGCUGUAACAGAAGUUGGACUUUUGUUGCGAUGCUUCUGCUUGGAAUAUAAUGUGUGCUGUCAUAAAUUAUUGAAAUAAAAGAAAUGCCACCUC